GCGGGCGCAGGCGCAAUGGGAGGCGGAAGUAGGGACCCUGGAAAAGGGAAAGGAACCUGCGGCGCUUCGCGAAGGGCAACGCGCACAACCUCCCGUCCUCCUCCUCCUCCUCCGGGAAGCUGGGGAGGCUGCACGUGCGGCCUGGCCCAGGCUCCUCCCCUCCCCGCCCCCUUCCCGGGCGUGGCCUCGCGGCUGCGUUCCUCCGUCGCCGAGAUGGCGCUCGACCCGGCAGAUCAGCAUCUCAGGCAUGUUGAAAAAGAUGUUUUGAUCCCUAAAAUAAUGAGAGAAAAGGCCCGAGAGAGAUGUUCUGAACAAGUUCAAGAUUUUACCAAAUGUUGCAAGGAGUCUGGAAUGCUUAUGGUAGUAAAAUGCCGGAAAGAAAAUUCUGCAUUAAAAGAAUGUCUAACCUCUUACUAUACUGAUCCUGCUUUUUAUGAAGAAUGUAAAAUGGAAUACCUGAAGGAAAGGGAAGAAUUCAGAAAAACUGGAAUUCCUACCAAGAAAAGGCUACAGAAGCUUCCAACAAGCAUGUAGGCAAAUACAUGAUACUAACUCUAUUCAUGGAAAUCACAAUUACCUAAAAUAAUGGUCUCAAGGAAGUGUGUCUGCUUAUCCUAAAUUAUGGAAAUAUUAAUUUUAUCUGAAAUAAAGUUUUUA